CUGGAAGAGGAGAUGAUGGCUUUAUAUCCCAAGGCUGCCGAGGUUGAGAACCUGUGCACCAUGCUGGACAGGGAGUACAUCGAUACCAGCGUCGUGCUGCAGUCCACUAAGAUAACCAGCGCCAGCAAGGAGGACGCCAAGGUUGCCGUCAAGGUAGUGAACAGAAACGCAAAUCCUGUGGAGACGAUAUACCUGCCCGCGUUUGAGUUCAACCGCGCGUACAAGAUCCUCAGCGACGAACUCUACCACCUGAGGGACGCCAUCAGCGCGGAGGAGCACUACGUGGUGCCGUUUCAGCACGAUCCACUCAUGCUCCUCUUCGACUCAACCUUCCACGUGGGCACGGCUGUUUUGUUCCCAGAGUACCUGAUUUACAACUUGGAAACGGAUGACUCGGAGCGGCUGUGCGAGGUGUUCCCCGCGGCGGCGUCGGGGAACCAGAACAUGGACGCGGGUAAACUUGACGUGGUGUGGGAGCCACUGCCGGGUCCCGAGGGUGCCACUGGGCCGGUGCUGGAUAUCAUCGACGAAACCGAUCUGCUUGGCAAGCCAUGGACCUACCGUUGCCGGAUCAAGCAGGCGCUUCAGCUCCCGAUGAUCUGCGACCUGUGCUACUGCGAGUACGAGUUCUUCGACGGAUACGGAUACAACACGUUUGCGACUGAGACAGUCGACUUCAGCUCAAGGCCCACCAGGUCGCCAGUGCUCGAAUACGAGUACGAGCACCACGUGGAGUGCGUCACGGAAGAGUUCCUCGCGUGGCUGAAGAAGCCGCUCGAGAUAAAGAUUUUCAUCAGCCUGGACGUUAAGCGUCCGGACCAGCUCGCGGGCACCGAUAACCAGAAGGUGGUGGACCUCAUCCGCGCGGACAUGAAACUGCCGGCGCAGCGCGUGAAGACGGCGCAGGGUGCGGACGCGGCGCUCGCCGAGGCGAUGGAGCGGAUACAGUCCCUGCAGGACAAGGUGGAGGCACUCAUGAGCGAGAACGAGAAGGUGAAGAAGGCAAACAAGCGGCUGGUGAUGCAGAGGCGGGUGGCACUGGCGGUGGCGAUGGAGGCGGCGAAGGGUUCGUCUCCGGACACCGGAAUGGAGGCAAUGAAGGCGGAGAAGGCCGGUAAGCCCCCUCCGAAACCAUCUGCAAGGGAGGCGUCUGCGAAGAAAAAGGGUAGCUCCGCGUGUGUCGUCAGCUGACACAGUUUGGUCGUGACGCGCUCACGCCUCGUCGCUUGUACUAUGAUGUGUAGAUAUGUCUU